GAACCGCUGUCUUACUUAUCAUGAUGAUUCAUUCAAUCCAAGGACUGCUCCUUUUGAAAGAGCUCUUAGUUUGAAGGUUUUCAGUAGUAGUAACUGUGGAUCAUAACUUCCAUAGGUAUGUUUUUUGAGCAACUAAGUCACUUGGUUUUGGUGAUGAGUGACUUGAAGUCAGAUAAAAAGGGCUGCAAUAAUGUAAGAAUCUUCUUAUGCAGACAUGGAUGUAUAUUGCCAUACCAGUUUUUUUAUAUGCUGGAGAGAGGAUAAUUCGAGCUAUAAGAUCUGAAUUUUCUGGCGUGGAAAUUUUGAAGGCAACCCUAUAUCCAGGAAAAGUGUUGUCCCUCAAACUGAGAAAACCAGAAGGUUUUAGUCACAAGAGUGGCAUGAAAAUUUUCAUCCAGUGCCCUCAAACAUCACCUUUUGAAUGGCACCCAUUUUUCACUAACUUGCGGACCAGAAGAUGAUCAAUUAAGUGUGCAUAUUAGAACUCUUGGAGACUGGAGCUAUCAGCUAUA